CCUGGAAAACGUGAGUGGAUUGCGAUCGAGACGGGGGAGCGAACACAUCCGGAGAGAGAUGGCGGCCAUGACCUUCUCUUCUGCAUCCCUAAUGGCGAGCACGACUCGGCUGCCGAUGAAGGCCUUUUCCCUCGGCUCGCCUAACUCCGCGUUCUUCGCCGGCGGCGGAGAGAGGGUGGCCCUCGCGCGGUCGACGCUUGCGUUCGGGCCCCAUCCCCGCCUCCGCCGCCACCGGGGCCUCGGGUGCCGCUGCAUGUUCGGCCUCGGGGUCCCGGAGCUCGUCGUGAUCGCAGGAGUCACCGCGCUCGUCUUCGGCCCGAAGAAACUCCCCGAGAUCGGCCGCAGCUUCGGGAAGACCGUCAAGAGCUUCCAACAGGCCGCAAAAGAAUUUGAAACUGAAUUGAAGAAGGGUCCUGAAGAUUCAAGUAAAUCACCUCCAGCUGAAAGCCUCGACAAAGCCAUGAGCAGUGAAGAAGAAAAGGAACUUGAAACCUCAGGCGGCAAAGAGAGCUCCUUUUGAGCUGUCGUCGACAACCAUUUCUCAGUGUUGUAUUAUUAGAAGUUACAUAUGCUAAUCUGCAUGUAGCUUCUUUAAUGAAAUUUCUGGGCUCUGAAUCUGGAUUGAAGCCUUGUGUGUUAUAUCGGUCCUGAUGGAGGAGAAGGUAUAUAACUUUAUGGUGUUGUUGGAUGCUUGACAAGAUGUGUGUAGUAAUUAUUUUGAAGCGGAGGCAAACAGGAGUAAGGUUAUGAGACAUGCAUGCCACCUUUAGACUUGUGACAAGUUAGAUCAAGGAGGUCUAAUCUGGUCUAACAUUCUAUGGGCUCUUAGGGGAAUACUUUUUAUUAUUUUUAUGUUGGUCAUAUCAUAAUAAAGGACAGGAUCGAGAUCGAUCCAUAUCCGAAUUGGUCAUCCAUCGAAUAAACUUGUUGGAUUGUGAUUUGGAUUAGAAGAAUAUUAUUCUGAUUCAUAUC